AUGAUUGCACGCAUAUAUAAAUUUAUUAUUAUGCUAUUUUAUUUUUUGUUGUGUAUAUUUAUUUUGUUUCAUUGUUUGAAUACAUUGAUCAUAAAAUAUAAUGUGAAGGUGGAAGGAUUAAGAUUAGUUAGUCGGAUGAAAAGAGGGAAAAUAUUGAAGGGAUGUUUUCCAAAAGAUGGUAUAUUAAAUAAGCAUUAUAUCUCAACAUUGUUUAUUAAAAAUGAUGGGGAGAUAUAUAAUAAGUAUAUAGGAGGGAAAAAAGGAACUGUUAGAAAGAGAAAAAAUGAUAUAGGUGGUAGUGUUAGUUUUAGAAGGUAUGGGAAAGAUUCUCGGAAUCCUCAUUUGGCAUAUGAAUAUAUAAAUAAGAUUAUUGAAAAUAAAAAAUAUGAAGUUACUAAAUUAUUAGAAGAAAAUUGUGAUGAAAAUAAUCCAUUACAAAUAAGAAUGAAUUAUUUACAACAUACUAUGAAUAAUAAAUUAUCGGAAAGUUUAAAAAGAUCAAGUAAUGAUGAGAAGCAUAGAUUAUCAUUAAUUGCUGAUAUGAAGAGGAAAAUUUUUGGUACCAUUGAAAAAGAAAAAAAAAAGGAAAAAGAGCAUAAAACAAAAGAAGGGUUAUAUAAGAAUAUAAGUGUAGGAUAUGAUAAUUUACAAAAUGAGAAGUAUACAUAUGAAGACAUAUUAAAGAAUGAAAAAGAAUUACAUGAUAUUGAUAUAAUGAAGAAUAAUGAAGAAAAAAAAAAAAAAAAUAUAAAUAAUCAUUAUAUAUAUCAACAUAAUUUUUUAAAUUUAAGUAACCCAGGAAAAGUUAGUUUGUUAUUACAUGAAAUCGGAUUUGAUGUAUUAAUAGUUAAUAUUGAUGAAUUAUCAACUCAAGGAAAUAUAAAUGAUUUAAAAGAUAUAAUAAAAAGUACAAGAACAUUACCAAGAAAUAAAAGACCGGCAAUUGUUGUAGAUGACAUAAUUAUCCAUCCUAUACAAAUAGCUUUAGCUGUAGAAAAUCAAGCAGAUGGUGUUAUAUUAAAUUUAUCUUAUUUAAAAAAUGAUAUGGAAGAAAUGCUACAAUAUUGUGUUAAUGUUGGUACUCAAGCUAUUGUUGAAGUACAUGAUUAUAAUGAUAUAUAUUUUGCUACACAAUGUGGAGCUUAUAUACUUAUGAUCAAUGAAUAUGAUUUUUAUAAUAAUAUAUAUGAAUAUAACCAUGCUAUUAAAGCUAUAAAUUAUACUAUACCCGAAAUUAUUACUAUUGCUAAAGUUAAUACUAAUCAAGUAAAUUAUAUAGAAAAAUUAGGAAGCUUGGGAUAUGAUAGUAUAUGUUUAGAAAAAAAAUUAAUUGAUGAUGACCUUCAACAAUUUGUUACCUCAUGUAAAGCAUGGAGUGCUCCUCAUAAAACAUUAUUAUAUCUUAAUAGAAAUAAUUACCUUAAAGAAUUUCUUACAUAUGAUAAAAAUGGACAAACAAGGGACAACCAUAAGGAAAUUACAGAAAAUCUAAAAAAUUUAUAUGACAAUAAGAAUAUUUCAAAUAAUUAUUCCCACACGCUUUUGAAAAGGUAUGAAAAGGAGCACAUCGAUGGGGAGGAUAUAACAAAUGAUGAAGCCAUAAAUGGUGGUAUAAAUCAAGAUAUAAGUCAAGAUAUAAAAAGAUACAAUAUUUUAAAUAAGGAUAAUCCUAUGAAAUACAAAAUUCAAGGCAAUAAGAACAAUUACGCAGAGAAAAAAGAAAGUUUUGAAAAUAAAUGCAUUGAUAAUAAGAAUAUGAAACACACUAAUAUGAAUAAAAAAGAAGAGAUAUUAAGCAAAGAAGAAAAACAAAUAGUACAAAAUUUUAAAAAUGAAAAAAAAAGAGAACUUAUGUUGUUAAGUCAAAUGAAAGAAAUUAUUAAAGAGGUUGACGAUCAAUGUAAAAAUUAUCAUACAAAUACUGAUGAAGAAAAUCAAAAGAAAGAAGAAAAAUUAGAAUCCUUGUUAGAAAAUUUUACAAAAUUAGAUAAAAACUUCUUAAAAGGAUUUUUCUCAGAUGAAGAAAUAAAUAAUAUAGAAAAUACAAUGAAAAAUGCUGUUGAGCAAAAAAAUAAAAUACAAAGUGGUGAAAUUAAUAUUGAUCAUAAAAAUUUAACGGGUUACCCUAUGGCUACCCUACAAAAUACUCAUAUGAAUAAUUUGGAUAUAUAUAACUUAACAAAACAAUAUUUUGGUGAAACACAAAAUAGUGAUGGACAUACUGAAAAUAUAUUGGAUAGUGAUCAAAACAAUUUAUUGGAUGAAUCGUCAGAAGAUUCAUCCAGAGGUCUAGACUCAAGUUAA